CCUCCCAGGCUGCCCUUGUGUCCUCCAUGGAAGACGGAGAAAACUCUUAAGGACUCUGAUCUCAGGACAUCUGGACCAACUUCAAGGUCGGAGUGCUUCUUGCUGGACCUUGGGAGAUGGCUAGCUUUGUCCGAAAUCGAAGCAACUGUUUGUUGCCCUUCUUCCUCUCGCUCAAUGUCAGGACAUUUCAGCCAUCGACUGGACAGUGUUCUUUUAAAACGUUCCCUGCUUUGUGGCGUGACCAGACAGCAAAAGGAAUCCGCUACAAAGACCUUGUUGUUGGCAUUCCCAAGGAAGUAUACAAAAACGAAAAAAGAGUAGCCCUCUCUCCUGCUGGUGUCCAAGCUUUAGUGAAGCAAGGCUUUAAUGUGCGAGUGGAGCAUGGAGCAGGUGAAGAAGCAAAAUUCUCUGAUGACCAGUACGAAGAGGCAGGAGCCAAAAUCGGGGACCUGAAAACCGUGUUUGGAUCCAAUAUUGUUCUAAAGGUCAGAGCUCCAAUUUUUAAUGAAACGUUGGGAAUCCAUGAGGCAGCCUUGCUCAAGGAGAACACAAUGCUUGUCAGCUUCAUCUACCCAGUGCAGAAUCCAGACCUCUUGGACAAGCUUGCUCAGCGCAAAGCCACCGUCUUAGCAAUGGACCAAGUUCCUCGGGUCACUAUCGCUCAAGGAUAUGAUGCCCUAAGCUCAAUGGCCAAUAUUGCAGGGUACAAAGCUGUAGUUCUUGCAGCCAAUCAUUUUGGAAGGUUUUUUACUGGGCAAAUCACUGCAGCAGGAAAAGUGCCUCCUGCAAAGAUGCUGAUCAUCGGUGGAGGAGUGGCUGGCUUGGCGGCAGCUGGGACAGGGAAAUCGAUGGGAGCUAUCGUUAGAGGAUUUGAUACCCGGCCUCCAGCUUUGGAGCAGUUCAAAUCCCUCGGUGCAGAACCUUUAGAAGUCAACAUUGCUGAAACGGGAGAAGGUGUUGGAGGUUAUGCAAAAGAAAUGUCGAAGGAGUUUAUAGAGGCAGAAAUGGCACUCUUUGCUAAACAGUGCAAAGAGGUGGACAUUGUCAUUAGUACAGCCCUUAUUCCAGGGAAAAAGGCUCCCAUCUUAAUCACCAAGUCUAUGGUAGAAUCCAUGAGAGAUGGUUCCGUGAUAGUAGAUCUUGCUGCCGAGGCUGGUGGCAAUGUGGAGACCACCCAACCUGGAGAACUUCACAUUCAUAAGGGCGUGGUACACAUUGGUUACACGGACUUGCCAAGCCGAAUGGCUACCCAGGCCAGUAGCCUUUAUUCAAACAACAUCUUGAAGUUAUUAAAAGCUAUUUCCCCCAGCAAAGAUUACUUUUACGUUGAGCCAAAAGAUGAUUUUGAUUAUGGGACGAUUGAUCAUGUCAUAAGAGGGACUAUGGUCAUGAAGGACGGGAGAAAACUGUUUCCAGCACCUUUACCUAAAACUUUACCACCUGCUGCCCCAGUUAAACAGAGGUCUGUUCAGGAACUAGAAGCAGAGAAACUAGCAGCCGUUUCACCAUUUACAAAAACAAUGACCUCAGCCGGAGUAUAUACGGCAGGUCUGACAUCAGUUUUAGGGUUGGGCUUCGUCUCUCCCAAUUCUGCCUUUACCCAAAUGGUGACCACCUUUGGUCUUGCUGGAAUUGUGGGCUACCACACAGUCUGGGGUGUUACACCUGCUCUUCACUCGCCUCUCAUGUCAGUGACCAAUGCGAUCUCUGGACUUACUGCUGUGGGCGGUUUGGUGUUGAUGGGGGGAUCUUACCUGCCUUCCAGUAUACCUCAGACAUUAGCUUUACUGGCUGCCUUUGUCUCCUCGGUCAAUAUUGCAGGUGGUUUUUUAAUUACUCAGCGGAUGCUGGAUAUGUUUAAGCGCCCAACAGACCCACCUGAGUAUAAUUACCUCUACCUUCUCCCUGGAACGGUCUUUGUUGGUGGAUAUGGUGCAUCCCUGCUUGGUGGAUACAGUAUUGAGCAGAUGAUAUAUCUGGGCUCUGGACUUUGCUGUGUAGGUGCCUUAGCUGGCUUAUCUAGUCAGAGCACUUCACGGCUUGGCAAUGCCCUUGGAAUGAUGGGAGUUGCGGCUGGUAUUGCAGCGACUCUGGGCGCUUUGAAACCCUCCCCGGAAGUGCUGGCCCAGAUGUCCACAGCCAUGGCCUUGGGAGGCACCAUAGGUCUCACAAUUGCAAAACGGAUUGAAAUCUCUGACCUUCCACAGCUUGUUGCUGCAUUUCACAGUCUGGUUGGUUUGGCAGCUGUUUUGACGUGCAUUGCUGAGUACAUGAUUGAAUAUCCACACCUUGAUUUUCACCCAUCUGCUAGUGUUCUCAAAACUGUGGCCUACUUGGGCACUUAUAUUGGAGGUGUAACUUUCAGUGGCUCAUUAAUAGCCUAUGGAAAACUGCAAGGUUUAUUAAACUCUGCUCCUCUUCUCCUGCCUGGCCGCCAUUAUUUGAAUGCUGGACUGCUGGCAGCUUCAGUAGGAGGCAUGAUUUAUUUUAUGUUGGACUCCAGCUAUACCGCAGGCAUGGGCUGUCUUCUCGGAGUUUCUGGACUCUCCUCAGUAAUGGGAGUGACACUAACAGCAGCUAUUGGUGGAGCAGACAUGCCUGUGGUGAUUACGGUGCUGAAUAGCUACUCUGGAUGGGCUUUGUGUGCAGAAGGCUUCCUUCUCAACAACAACCUGAUGACAAUCGUUGGAGCUUUGAUUGGCUCUUCCGGAGCUAUUCUGUCUUAUAUCAUGUGUGUGGCUAUGAACCGCUCUUUGCCAAAUGUCAUUUUGGGUGGAUAUGGUACAACAUCUACAGCUGGAGGGAAGCCCAUGGAAGUAGUUGGAACACAUACAGAAGUUGGGAUUGACCAAGCCAUUGAAAUGAUCAAAGAAGCAAACUCUAUCAUCAUUACACCAGGUUGGGGCCUGUGUGCAGCUAAGGCUCAAUAUCCCAUUGCUGACAUGGUGAAAAUGCUGAACGAACAAGGAAAGAAAGUCAGAUUUGGCAUCCAUCCAGUUGCAGGCCGAAUGCCAGGCCAGCUGAACGUCCUCCUGGCAGAAGCCGGUGUGCCGUAUGACAUUGUCUUGGAAAUGGAUGAAAUUAAUGAAGAUUUUCCAGACACAGAUUUGACAUUGGUCAUUGGUGCUAAUGAUACUGUGAACUCUGCAGCCCAGGAAGAUCCCAACUCAAUUAUAGCGGGCAUGCCUGUAUUGGAGGUUUGGAAAUCUAAACAAGUCAUUGUCAUGAAGCGCACCCUGGGAGUUGGGUAUGCUGCAGUUGACAACCCCAUUUUUUACAAGCCAAACACUUCAAUGUUGCUUGGAGACGCAAAGAAAACCUGUGAUGCUUUACAAGCCAAAAUUCGAGAAUCUCAUAGCCAUUAGUGCUUCCAGUCAGGACCAGCAUAAAAGUCUAAGGCAUCAUCCAGUGAUAAACUGUUAUUAUGUACCUUUAAUUUGGUUGUGUUUAUUGAAGACCUUAAAAUCAGUGGAAUUUAAGAGAGUAACUCUAACUGGCUGGUGCCUAUUAUUUGUAUCCUUUGAAAAUGGACAUAAUCUCUUAUGUGUAUACAAUGUCAGAAAGAUAAAUAGGAGAAUUUAAUAUUUUGGAUCAUGGGAAAAAUGAGUGGCUUCUGUGCCUUUAUUUGGAUGAAAAUAAUCUCUAUCUAUCAC